GCUUGGAGCACACAACCGACACCUUCUUUUAUUCUCAAGCUGACAGAGAAAGAGAAAGAGAAGGAGUGACUGACUAUAUUCAUCUCCAAUUGUGGCAUUGCUAAUAAAGAAAGCCAGAUCUCCCAUGUGAAGCCAGAGUGAAUAGAGAGCAAGAAACCAAAAGGGUCUUCCUUUAAUUCUCUCGAAACAUGACAUAGCAUUGCUCCGAGCUCAUUUUCAUGUAAAAGGGGAAUAGAGAUAAGCUCAAUCUCUCUUGAAUAUUAUGGGUUCUUUGGGACUUGACAACGAGAAUGUGGGAACAGAUGUUUACUUCUCUUUGGGGCUUAAGCAAUCAGGGAAAGUAGCUACAAAGAUUCCUCCCCGGGUUCUGUCACCGCUCUCAUCACUUCUUGAGAGAUCCGUUCAGAGCAAUGAGAUGCAUAUGGAGGCAACAGAAAUCAAGGAAGUAACAAUAUUUCAUGGUUUGAGAGCACCCCCUUUGAGCAUUCGACAGUACAUUGAUCGCGUUUUCAAGUACUCUGGCUGUAGCCCUUCUUGCUUUGUUGUUGCCAAGAUCUAUGUGGAUAGAUAUCUUCAGUCAACCCAAGUGCAUUUGACUUCUUUCAAUGUUCACCGGCUUCUAAUCACAAGUGUGAUGCUAGCAGCGAAAUUUAUUGAUGAUGCUUUCUUCAACAAUGCAUACUAUGCCAAAGUGGGAGGAGUCAGCACAGCAGAGUUGAAUAGGUUGGAGAUGAAGUUUUUGUUUUCUAUAGACUUCAGACUUCAAGUUAGUAUAGACACAUUCAAGAAAUAUUGUUCUCAUCUAGAAAAGGAAGCUGCAGUACACCAGAUUGAACGUUCGAUCCAAGCUUGUGGUAUCAAGGAGGAUGAGAUUGUCAUAGCCUCCUCCCAGCGCAUGAUUACAUGAUUUUUCUGAAUUGCGAUUUAGUUAGAAAGAAAUUUGAUUGUUUAGUGUGUGUGCCACGAAAGCACUUAAGUGAACCAUUUUUUAGGUAUCUCAUUUCAUUUUGUGCAGAGUAAAGUUUCUCUUUUACUUUUUCUCAAAGCCUGUAAGAACAGGUUGUUCAACACUUAAACUUCAUGGUGAAGGAAGAGUGAGCAGUGAGUCUUCCAUUGUUCUUGGUUGGAGGUACUGCUCAUUGUUAGUUUGCGAACUCUUAUCUUGCUAGUUAGAUAUUACAACGCUGCAUACCCUA